AGCAAAAGAACGUGCGAUACAAUAGUCUAUGAUAAAAGUGGUACGAACGAUGUAUCAAUUACAUCAUGACAUGACGAAGAAUGGGUUGAGGUUACUACAGGUGUCACGCGGUAUCAGGUUACCAGGUAAAGUGAUAUUUUGUUAACAAUGGGAAGGUAGCAUGGAGCGAAAGGUCAGUUUACAGGUCAUAGCAGAAACUUGUUAUAUGGAACUCAUGUAAGCAUCAUGUGACCUGGUUGUCAGUGAUCAUAAUGAGUACCUUUCACAAAUGUUCUAUUUUUAUGCUUUGCUUGGGGUUGGCCUUAGCUGUACGAACAACAACACGCUCCAGCCCCAUGAGCUGUGAGUAUUACAAUGAAACUGCUUGUAAGAACAGCCGGUACAGUGUUGGUUGCAAUGGAACAGAGGAUUGUAAAUCUUUGAGUCCUGACAAAGGAAACCAGUGUUAUAUACUAUGGCAAAAAGGACCAGAGGGUUUUAAUAUUAAACUGAAAGGAUGUUGGGUUGGCAACAGACAUGACUGUACUGCAGGAUCCACAUGCACUGAAACCCAGAAAGAUCCAAAUAUAAAGCUGUUGUUUUGCUGUUGUGAAGGUGAUAUGUGCAACAACAACAUGAUUAGGACUGACCCACCAGAAGUUUUAACCUCGGAGGCCACUGUGAGUUUUAGCACCAGUGUUCCUCUCUCGGUGCCAGGGAAUCACGUACUUAACACAUUCCUAUAUACUCUAGUACCAUUAUUAGGAAUUACUCUUGUCCUUAUAGUAGCUUACUGGGUGUACAGACACCAUAAAAUGGCUUACUUUAACGAGGUUCCCACUAUAGAUCCCUCUCCUCUUCCUCCUCCCUCACCUCCCCUUGGCCUGAAACCAGUACAGCUCCUGGAAGUAAAGGCUCAGGGAAGAUUUGGUGCUGUUUGGAAAGCUCAAAUGUUAAAUGAAUUUGUUGCUGUAAAGAUACACCCUCCACAGGAUAAAAACUCUUGGCAAGUAGAGAAAGAAAUUUUCCAGCUGCCCCAAAUGAAGCACGAUAAUAUUUUAUCCUUUAUAGCAGCGGAAAAAAGAGGAGACACUUUUCAACUAGAGUAUUGGCUAAUUACAGCUUACCACGAAAAAGGGUCACUCAGUGACUAUUUGAAGGCGAAUGUGGUUUCGUGGUCAGAAGUCUUGAGCAUCACUGACUCUAUAUCAAGAGGUCUCAUGCAUUUACAUGAAGAAUUACCACCAACCAGACUGGAAGCUUACAAACCAUCUAUAGCACACAGAGAUUUCAAAAGUAAAAAUGUCCUCUUGAAGAAUAACAUGAUAGCAUGCAUUGCAGAUUUUGGUUUAGCCUUGGUUUUCUUAGCAGGGCAGUCACCAGGAGAUACUCAUGGACAGGUUGGUACAAGAAGAUAUAUGGCUCCUGAGGUCCUUGAAGGGGCCAUCAGUUUCAACAGAGAUGCAUUUCUAAGGAUAGAUAUGUAUGCUUGUGGACUGGUCUUGUGGGAGCUGCUUUCAAGAUGCUCUGCCCAAGAUGGACCUAUUGGAGAGUACAUGCUUCCAUUUGAAGAAGAAGUUGGACAGCAUCCAACCUUAGAGGACAUGCAGGAAACAGUAGUACAAAAGAAGGCUAGACCGAAGUUCAAAAAUAUGUGGAAAAAACACCCUGGUAUGGCUGCUCUCUGCAGCACUAUUGAAGAAUGUUGGGAUCAUGAUGCCGAGGCAAGACUUUCUGCUAGCUGUGUACAAGAGAGGAUAACAUUACUGUACAAAUCUGUUGCCCUAGACAUGGGCAGUGAAUUUCUCACCACAACUGAUCUGAAGAACCCAACUACUACCUCAGAGAAACUACCGGCACUUGCUUGCUCACAGUUAGUUCCCUACUCUAAAGAACCCAGUCUCUUACCACCCAUAGACCCUGUUGUGCCUUUUUCCAACAACAAGGUUAUGUAGUAACAGCUGCGUACAGAAGCUGUUUUAGAUGUAGUAUGUAAGUAGACGUAGGCAUGUUUCUUAUGAAACAUAACUUUCAUGGACUAACUGUACAUUUUCUUCAUUUAUUGAGUCAGUUUUUAUAUUAUCCAGUGACCAGGAGCUGUUUAAAAAGUUGUUUUCUACAUUUUAGUUUCAUGUUAACUGAGUUAUCUCAGUGCCAUCCUAAAAUGGUUUUAGUUUUUGCUUCAAUUCUACCAUCACAUGGUUUUUAUGAUACAUAAAGUGAACUGCAGCUUGUUUGUUUGUAUGUGUAUUAAACUGAACUAAAUUUUUUGUAAGAGUACAAUAUUAAUGAAAUCAUCAGUUUACCUCAGGAAACACACUUUACAUAAAACACCUCAGACCGAAACUUUUUAUAUCACGUACAUUACCAAGAUGCUCAAUGGUUUACUUGUAUUGGAGAGAUUCUGUCCCAGUAAAACAGAGACCAAUACUAGUAUAAUCUGUAUGAUACAUUAUAAUAGUAUCUGAACAACAUUCCUGCACUCUGGUGACAUGCCCUUAUUGACAUAGUGAAAUGUCACUCAACUUAAAUCAGUGGACUUAGAUAUUUAUUUUCUUCCAACUUGAUAACCUCAUAGUAGCCAACUUUAGAUAUAGGUGUUCCUAUUCAUUAUUUAUUGGACAUUUACCAUUUUCAUGUCACUGCAAUCCAUUAGCAGCAGAGCAAAAGUGAAAAGUAAUCCAUAAAGCUGUAAUUUUCAGUAGUAAAUACAGGAAGAGGUAUCAGUGAUUUAAGAUAAUUUACAAUUGAUAUAGUAGAGAUGGGGUUAAUGCCUUUUUUGUUGAGCUUUUUUUUUUUCAUUCUUCAGAU